UGAACUAUGUAUGAUGCAGUGAAGUAAGGUAGUAAACUGAGAAAAAAAGAAUUAAAAUGAGAUCUUCUUCUACAUGACUUUGCAAUCGGAUGAAAAUUCUCAGUUAAAAAUAAUAAAUUCUCAUUUAUUUCGAGGAUACUCUUAGUUUCUUAUAGUCAAAGCAAAUUAUUAAGUGCAAUAAUCUUAGCUUGAGUAAAAUCAAAGCAAUCAAAGUGGAAUUAAAAAUCAGACAAGUUUACCGCUAAAUUUUAUCCAGCAUUUGAUCACUUUUUUAUUCUUUUACUUUUCUCAUAGUUUUCCGGACUUUUUUGAUAAAAAAGUAAUAAAAAAAUAUUGCUUAAUGAUGCGUAACUAAAAUUGAAAUGGUUCCCUUUAAACGAGAAAAAAAAUUUUGCUCGGAUCAUUAAAGGUGUCAUUAUUAUACCACGGACUUCAAAGCAGAUUAAAAGCUCGUCAUUCCCACCAUUAGAACCAUAUUUAUCCCCAACUUCUAGACUUAAAAGAGAACGAAUCGGAUAUCAAACCAGCACCAGUUAAAAUAUCACCAUCAACAACGGAACAUGAUUUUUCUGUUCUAUAUUAUCAUUGGGCUUUGGAGUAGCUCAACUGUAUUGGGUUACCUUCCUGAAAAAAACUGUGGACAUGGUAUUAGUGUUACAAAAAUUAUACACAAAAAAAGUAGCAUCGAGGACAGUAACAGUACUGGAUAUGUAAUUUAUCCUAGAGCUGUAUUAACAGUUGCUCAUCGAGUUAAAGACUUCUCUCCAGAAGAUUUUCAAAUCAUAAGUUCUCAACCAUUUUUAGAUGGUUUUGUUCGAGAUGUUUCAGAAAUUUACGUUCACCCAAAGUAUAACUCAUGUAAUGGCUCAUAUGACUUUGCUAUUUUAACAUUCAACGAUCCCCUCCCUGCUAAUUAUACACCAAUUUGUUUACCAUCCGAGAAUUUGAUGAAUUAUAUACAAGCCAAUUAUAAUUGUUCAGCUUGGGAUUAUUAUUAUUCAAGAUUCUACAAAAUUUCUGAUGGAUCCAAAGAUGAAUGUCCGACGAUUCUUUCCAAUUCUGAUGAUCCAGAAGACAUUAAAAACACUAACGAAUGCUUAAUGAAAGAAAGAGGAGAAAUAAAUGAAACGAUUGGGGAUCGUUCUACUAUGGUAUAUAUUUGUAAACUACUUUCAGAAAAUAAUGAUUAUCGUGAAUAUUACCAUAUGCAUACAUAUUAUGGAGGAUUGUGUGAAAAAGACCAAAAUGAUGGAUACAUUUCUUAUUAUGGAGAAGAUUUAGUUGAAAAAAUCCAUUAUUGGAUCACAUAUGUGACUAGUAUUUUAAUUGAAGAGGAUGAUCAACCAUUAAAAUUAUCAUUAAUUAUUAAACCUUGAUAGUAUGAUUGAACAAUAGUAUGCCAGAAAACAUUUAUUACUAAAAGCAUAAUUUACGUAAAA